AUGCAGCAGAUCUACGCCGGCGGUGUUAGGGCGUGCGGCAAUGCGAGGAAUCUCUCCGAGGCGCGGCGGCUCCACGCCGAGAUCGCCCGUUGUGAGCGAUUGCGGUGCACGUAUCUCCUCAAUCUGGUCGUGGAGAUGUAUGGCAAGUGCGGCGCCGUGGAGGAGGCGCGCUCGGCCUUCGAUUCGAUGCCACUGCCCAACGAUUUCUCCUGGAACAUCCUCAUCGCGGCGUACGCGAAGAAUGGAUUCCUGGCACAGGCGAGGGUUUUGCUGGACCAGAUGCCCUGCCACUGCCUGGUAUCGCGAUGCUCGAUGAUCUCGGCCUACGCGCAGCACGGCCUCGUCGCGGCGGCGGAGGAGAUCUUCGCCAGCACGCGCGGCCGCGACGUCAUCUGCUGGACGGGAUUGCUCGAGGGCUUCUCGCUGGCGGGGGAUUUUGAUCGCGCCAGGGCUCUCUUCGAGGCAAUGCCGCAGCAAAAUCUGGUGGGCUGGGUGGUGAUGAUGUCCGGCUAUGCGCAGCGCGGGCAGCACGAUCGAGCAAAGGAGAUCUUCGACUGGGCACCGAGCCGGGACGCGACGCUGUGGAAUGUGAUGAUCUCCUCUUACACCCAGAGCCCGGGCGAGCUCCUCCAAGAGGCCAGGCUAUGCGGAGGGUGGACUGGCGGACGACGCGAUUGAUCUCUUUCGCCGCAUUCCCGAGCGGAGCGUGAGGAGCCGGACGAGCAUCCUCUCGGCGUAUGCCCAGUCCGGGAGUCUCCGUGAGGCGAAAGAGAUGUUUGAUGGGAUCUCGGAGCUGGACGUGGUAGCGUGGAACGUCAUGGCCGGGGCGUAUGCCCAAGCCGGGAAUAUCGCGACUGCCAAGCUCAUGUUCGAUCGCAUCCCAAAAAGGAACUCCAUCUCCUGGGGCUCUUUGCCACGAUGCCGGAGAGGGAUUCGCUCGCGUGGAGCAACUUGCUGCUGGUUUACUGCCAAGCCGGAGACCUCUCCAUGAGCAAGGAAGCAUUUGCGAGAAUGCCACAGCGAGAAGUUUUCUCCUGGAACCUGAUAGUCCGCUCGUACGCCCAGGCCGGAUUCAUGGACGAGGCAACCGACGCGUUCAAUCGAAUGGAAGGCAGGAGCAGCGUGGUGUGGUCGACCAUCCUCUCGUUCCAUGCGCAGCACAGAAACUGGGAGAGGGUGAAAGAGAUCUACGACAAGACACCCGAGCUCAACGCCACAUCCGCGACCGCCAUGCUGGGCGUCUACUCUCAAACCGGGCAGCUCGAGCAGGCAAAGUCGGAGUUCGACGCGAUGAUCGAGCGGGACAGCGUGAGCUGGAACGCGAUCGUCUCGGCCUACUGCCAGCACGGGAAGCUCUCGCAGGCCAGAGCUAUGGUGGAGAGAUCCCCGCAGCAGUGCUCGGUGUCACUCAACGCGCUCGUGGCCGCCUACGCGCACGCCGGCCAGCUCGAGCAGGCCGACUCCAUCUUCUUCGCCAGAUGCCCGAGAAGGAUACAGUGAGCUGGACGUCGAUCAUCCAGGCCUACGCGCAAAACGGCCACACAGACGAAGCGUUUGAUCUCUUCCACCGGAUGCUGCUCGAGGGCGAUGCUCCGGACGAGGUGACGUUCUUCGGGAUCCUCGGGGCUUGCGGACACAACGGGCUCACGGAGCGAGCUCGGGCGUGGUUCGUGGCGAUGAGCGCCGACUUUGGAGUGGUGCCGGUGUUUGAUCACUACUGCUGCUUGAUCAACGUGGUGGGAACCGCCGGGAAGCUGGAGCUGGCGCAAGAGAUGCUGCGGAGCGUCCGGGAUGGAUUGGCCGGGGGUGAGGAUGAAUCCGUGGCGUGGACGACGCUCCUGGCGGCGUCCAAGAUCCAUGGAGAUGUGGAGCUCGCGAGAGCUGCCGCGAAGAACGCUUGCGGGCUUGAGACCCGGGGUUCGUCGCCUUACAUGCUGCUAUCGCAUGUAGAAGCGAUCAAAUCAUGAAAGAGUUUGUGAUAAAAUUCUACUAAAUGAUAGAGUUUUACUUGGAA